ACGAGUAGGUAUGCAACUUUGAUUCUAGUGUUUUCACGAGACACUCGCUUUACCUUGAGCGUGUUUACAUUACAAAAAUACUUUUGUAUUCCACUUCUACUACUUUCUAUCAUUCGUCACAUUACCAAGUGAAAACAAACAAAAAAAAACUAACCUAAAUAUUCAGGAUCAGUCGAUCAGAUGGUCUUAUACGCACCACAAAACGCACUGGGCACGCUAAAUGAUAAAAACGGAUAAUUCCGAUGGGAAAUUAACGGCAUGAUUUCUACCGAGAAAAUCGCGUUAUCUGUGACACAAUCCAUUCGAACGAAACAAUAGCAAGUGAUUCAAACAUUUGCUGUAGGAUUCGACGGUUUUGUUCGAGAUCUAGUAGACCAAAGUCGGGCGUGCGAGGCGGACGUCGCGAUUUUGAAUUCGUUUCCAAAGUGCGCGUGAUUUUUCGGAGAAAACGCAAAAUGACGGGAAAUGCGGGCAUGGAAAAAUUGAUACCUGUCGUAAAUAAGUUGCAGGAUGCGUUCACGCAACUUGGAGUGCAUUUGACUUUGGAUUUGCCUCAAAUAGCCGUAGUGGGGGGACAAAGUGCGGGCAAGAGUUCCGUUUUGGAGAACUUCGUGGGGAGGGAUUUUUUACCGAGAGGGACAGGCAUUGUAACCAGGAGGCCUCUUAUUUUGCAACUUAUCCACUCAAACAUUGAAUACGCCGAAUUCCUCCACAACAAACAGCAAUACACGGAUUUCGAUGAAGUUAGAAAAGAAAUCGAAAACGAAACGAAUAGAGUAACAGGCAGCAACAAAGGAAUUUCCAAUUUACCGAUUAAUUUAAAAAUUUUCUCCCCUAAUGUUCUAAAUUUAACGCUGAUCGACCUACCGGGAAUGACAAAGCUUCCCAUCGGAGAUCAACCAUCCGAUAUCGAACACCAGAUCAAAAAAAUGAUCCUGCAAUUCAUCAGCAAAGACACGUGCCUUAUCUUAGCAGUCACUCCUGCUAAUACGGAUCUGGCCAAUUCAGAUGCUUUGCAAAUUGCCAGGGAAGUCGAUCCUCAAGGUUACCGAACGAUAGGAGUAAUAACAAAACUGGAUAUCAUGGAUGAAGGAACCGACGCUCGAAAUAUACUAGAAAAUAAACUCCUGCCGUUAAGAAGAGGUUACGUGGGAGUAAUUAACAGAUCUCAAAGGGAUAUAGACGGGCGUAAGGACAUCAAAGCGGCUUUAGAAGCCGAAAGGAGAUACUUUUUAGGUCACCCCGCAUAUCGACAUCUGAUUGAUAAACUCGGGACUCCCUAUUUGCAGAAAACUCUCAACGAGCAACUUACCAACCACAUACGGAGCACUCUGCCGUCGCUGAGGAACCAGCUGCAGAAGCAAUUGAUAACGCUAGAGAAGGAACUGGGGGACUUUAGGAAAUUCAACGCGGACGAUCCCACAAUGAAAGCCAAAGCGAUGCUGCAAAUGCUGCAGCAGUUCGCGAUUAAUUUCGAAAAGGUUUUAGAAGGAGCGAAGUCCGACGAUGUGAACACUACGGAACUGACGGGAGGCGCGAAGAUUAAUUGCAUCUUUCACGAGAGGUUCCCGUUCGAAAUAGUGAAGAUGGAAUUCGACGAGAACGAAUUGAGGAAGGAAAUAGCUAUUGCUAUAGCUAAUAUACACGGAAUUAGGAUAGGACUUUUCACUCCAGAUUUAGCCUUCGAUGCGAUAGUAAAGAAACAAAUAGCAAGACUGAAGGAUCCUUGCAUGAAAUGCGUCGAUUUGGUAUCCACAGAAUUAUUAAAUGUAAUACAUUCCUGUACAGAACAAAUGUCUAGGUUUCCCCGCUUAAGAGAAGUAGUCGAAAGGAUAAUUACUAACCACAUAAGGAACCGAGAGCAAGAAUGCCGGGACCAAUUAGUCGAAUACAUAAAUUGCCAAUUAUCCUACAUGAACACCAAUCACGAGGAUUUCAUAGGAUUCGCCAACGCUGAGAACCAAGCGAGAAAAACUGUGCCAGUGCACAACAAUUUAGGCAAUCAAGUGAUACGCAAGGGCUACAUGUCGCUUCACAAUUUAAGCUUCAUUAAAGGCAGGAGCUUCUGGUACGUUUUAUCGUCCGACAGCUUGGCCUGGUACAAAGAUGAGACUGAAAAAGAAAUACAAUACAUCUUGCCGCUGAACAAAUUGAAAUUGAGAGACGUGGAAAACGGUUUCAUGAACAGGAAGCCGACGUUCGCUUUGUUUUACCCGCACGGAGCGAACGUUUACAAGGAUCACAAGCAAUUAGAACUGAGCUGCAAUUCCAUAGACGACAUGGAUUCGUGGAAGGCGUCGUUUCUGAGGGCCGGAGUUUAUCCGGAAAAAUUGCAAAACGGCGAAGAAAAAGACGACGAUAGUAUUCUAAUUGAAGAUGAUGUGGAUCCGCAACUGAAAAGGCAGGUGGAAGUGAUCAGGAAUCUAGUCGAAAGCUACAUGUCCAUUGUUACCAAAGCCACCAGGGAUUUGGUGCCGAAAAUGAUAACGUGUUUGCUAAUCAAAAAUACCAAAAACUACAUCUUCGAAGAAUUGUUAGUCAAUGUUUACGCUUACGAUGAACAAGUUGAAUUGUUGGAAGAAUCUCCCGAAGAAGUGAAGAGGAGGAAAGAAAAAAUGGUGAUGUUCCAAGCCUGCCGCUCCGCUUUGGACAUUAUAAGCGAAUGCACCAGCAAAGUCAAUAUUACCACGACUAAUAAAGGUAAUGACAGCCUUUACUCCAAGCCUCUAGUGUCACCUAAUAAACCUACUGUGGCUACAAAGAAAAUAUAUAGAUUAUCGAACCCGGCGUCGGCCUUUUCGCGACCGGCUCCACCGCCUCCACCAGGGAGUUUAAAGAAAUAUCAGAGCGAGAGGAAUAUUCCUGCUAAGAGUGCGGUACCGGAGAUAUCUGGAAGUUCCUCGAAAUUGAUACCGACUUUUUACGUUGUUUCUAUUCCGUAAAUAAAGCAUAAUUUCCAAUUAAUACAACACGGAGGUAUGCGCUACGUCUACUGCAAAUCAACGAGCUGAAAAAUAUCGACACACGUUGUUGUAUUUAUUAAUAAAUAUCAAACUAUUUAAUAUUAACUUAUGUGUUUUUUAAAUUUUGUAAUAAUCAAAUAAAAGUACCACAACUUCCG